UGUUUCUGAAACAGCUGUCUCUAUUGAGGUCAUUAAUACAGGCUGAGCAACGUGUGCUGUGUUUGUAACUUGCGCGACAACAAACGCAGGAGUGGUGCUGAGAGCAUCGCUGCCAUUCCUGUGGACCAGGCCGACGCGCAGUGCCACUGCGGAGGGAGUGAUCCGCGAACAGGAACUUGUUGCGCGGUGUCAUAACACACAUACGACUGGGUAACCGAAACAAAACUGGCAGGCAUCACGCGUUCAAUCUGCUGUGUUUGAAUUCUUUGGGGGUACUCCUAAUGGAGCCAACCACUCUACAGAAAGCUAUUGCCGUAGCACAGAAGGCCUCGAAGGAAGACGAGGCUGGGAACUAUGAGGAGGCUAUCCGCUCCUACACACAUGCUGUCAAGUACUUUCUGCACAUUGUAAAACGUGAACCCCAGGGUAAAGAUGGCAACCAGAAGAUCCGAGAUCAAUGUAAACAGUACCUGGACAGAGUGGAAGAAUUGCAGAGCUACCAAGAAAAUAAAGAGAAGGCCAUUGAUCUUGCCAGCAAGGCAGCUCAAGAGGAUAAAGCUCAGAAAUAUGAGGAGGCUCUCCGUCUUUACCAGGCAGCUGUUCAGUACUUCCUCCAUGUGGUGAAAUAUGAAGCCCAGAGUGACAAAGCUAAACACAGCAUUCGGGCCAAAUGUGCCGAAUACUUGGACAGGGCAGAGAAGUUGAAGGAGUAUCUGAAGAAGAAAGAAAGCGCCCCUCCUGCUAAGCCUGUCAAAGAGUCACAUUCUGAUGACAAAGGGAAUGAUAGCGAUGAGGGUGAUGAUCCAGAGAAAAAGAAGUUCCAAAAUCAACUUUCAGGUGCAAUUAUUAUGGAGAAACCAAACAUCAAAUGGAGUGAUGUUGCUGGUUUAGAGGGAGCGAAGGAGGCACUGAAAGAAGCCGUUAUUCUUCCGAUCAAAUUCCCCCAUCUUUUCACAGGAAAGAGAACUCCAUGGAGGGGGAUCUUGCUCUUUGGACCUCCAGGCACGGGAAAGUCCUAUCUGGCCAAAGCGGUUGCCACAGAGGCAAACAACUCCACCUUCUUCUCCAUCUCUUCGUCUGACCUCGUCUCCAAAUGGCUGGGAGAGAGUGAAAAGUUGGUGAAGACUCUUUUUACCCUGGCAAGGGAGCACAGGCCCUCUAUCAUCUUCAUUGAUGAGAUAGACUCCCUGUGUGGCUCAAGAAGUGAGAACGAGAGUGAGGCCGCCCGCCGUAUUAAGACAGAGUUCCUGGUUCAGAUGCAGGGCGUGGGGAACAAUAAUGAGGGAGUGCUGGUACUCGGGGCAACAAACAUCCCAUGGACCCUGGACUCCGCCAUCAGAAGAAGAUUUGAGAAGAGGAUCUACAUCCCGCUGCCCGAAGAGCACGCCCGCACCUUCAUGUUCAAGCUCCAUCUUGGCCCCACCCCCAACUCUCUCACCGACAGCAACUUUGUCACUCUGGGCAAGAUGACGCAAGGAUACUCGGGAGCGGACAUCAGCGUCAUUGUCAGAGACGCUCUCAUGCAGCCUGUUCGAAAGGUCCAGUCCGCCACCCACUUCAAACGGGUACGAGGGGAAUCAAGAACUGACGCCAACCUUAUUGUCGAUGACCUCUUGACUCCUUGCUCACCUGGCGAUCCCGACGCAAUUGAGAUGUCAUGGAUGGAUGUACCCGGGGAGAAGCUGUUGGAACCUAUCGUGUCCAUGUCUGACAUGCUGAAGUCUCAAGCCAGCACGAAGCCAACAGUCAAUGAGCAAGAUCUGGACAAGCUGAUAAAAUUCACAAAUGACUUUGGACAGGAAGGCUAGCUGCGAUGCUCGAGCCGAGCCAAACCACAGGAUUUGUGAUUGUCUCUCUUUACUGUCCUUGUCCCUUUUCUGUCUCUCUCUCUGUCUCAUCAUACCCAUACAAAAGGCUUCGUGGUUUAUCACAAGUGGACAAGAUUACGCUUAUGCUGUUUUGCCAAUUUGAUAACCACGCAAUGGGUGGAAGGACAUUGUUUUAUUUGAUAGUAACCAUUGUCCAAAGAACAUUACAGACUUCUCAUCUGCAGAUGACCUGAUGACAUAUUCAAUACGACAUAACCUAGCAGGUUGGUUGGCUAAGCACUCAAAUCUAAAGGUAUUGGUGAGCAGAAAGCCGAAGCAACAGCAGACGCAAUUAUUGCAAACACGGCUAUUGAAAUCAGGAUAAUUUAUUUUAAGAUCGGACUAGCUCUUGUGUCCAUAUUUUGCUUUCAGAAUACGGCUCACUAACUAAUGAAUGCCCCCUUGUGUAUUCUCUAUUUUAUAUAGAAAACGAGCAUUUAAUAGUAUAAACUGUACUUUGUGGAUUUGAUCCAUUUUGGGCUGGGGGAGUGAAGCAGGCCAUGAGUUAAUUGGAUUUGUUGUGGUGAACACUUCUUUGUCUCAGGUGGUGGAUGUUUAAGAGCUUUGAGACCGAGAUACUCAGGGUGAGAGCUGCAUUAGUCCCUGUGGAAAUGUUGAAUUGUUCUCCAGUUCUCUAACAAUGGACAAUUGUAUUUUUUUUACUCUUGCCAUUGGAAUUAAAUGCGGCUACAAGGGUGGAUCCCCGAUGGUGCCGGACCAGCAUUACUUUACAAUGUUUCACGGACUCAAUAACUUUAAUUUGCUUCCUCACUCCUACUGUACAUAUUUGUCAUUAUCAUUCACAGGCUUUGCUGGUUAUCCUUAAUAUAAACUGCAAAAAAAGAAGCCUUAUGUUAACAUAAAAUCACGUAACUUUUUGAUAAAACAAGACCGAGUUGGAUAUUGAUGGCUCGGGUUGAGAGAUCCUCUUCUUGUAUAGUUAACAAUAUAGGACUGCAUCUCCAAGCAUGAACUAUAUAUAUAUAUAUAGCCAUGUGUGGCUGUGUGCACCAUGUGCCUUCUAGAAAAGCUACACAUUUAUUUUGUAUUGGUUUAUUUCUAAAUUGAUCCUGCUGAUUAUAUAUCCAGUGUUGUCACUACAAGUAAGAAGUGUAUAAUACUCUUUUAGAGAUGGUAAACAAAUGUGCUAUGUUGCUCCUAAUGUGGGCAAACUCUGUCUUUUGAGUUUUCAUGGGGAACACCUCUUAUUUUACUGUAAAUGUCAAAACAUAUAGCCAACUCUUGAACCUUUAUUUUGUGAAGAGGACACUCAUGCAUACGGAUUUCUGUGUUUGUUUCAAUAAUGUAAAUAAAGUUGUAGCUACGUCAACAAAAA